AUAUAUUAGUUUUCUUAUUUUUUCAUAUGCAAAUUGCAAACAAGUAACAAAAGGCAAAAGAGAAAGAUGAUGAAAAAGGAAAAGCAAGUGCUUCCUAUAGUGUGGAGUAUGUGAGAAUCAUGUGAAGUGCCGCCAUCUCUCUCUCUCUCUCUAUUGAUCAAAAGCUUUCAACUUUGUCAAAUUUUAACAAAAAUAAAACAUACCCUUUUUGUGAGAGCGCUUCAUCUUCUUCUUCUUCUUGGUUUUCAAUGGCUUCAACUGCUUCUAGGUUCAUCAAGUGUGUCACAGUUGGUGAUGGAGCAUUCCUUUUCGCUGCCACUUUUUUUGUGGAUUAUAUUCCCACAGUGUUUGAUAAUUUCAGUGCAAAUGUGGUAGUUGAAGGCACAACUGUCAAUUUAGGCCUUUGGGACACUGCUGGGCAAGAGGACUACAAUAGAUUGAGGCCUCUGAGCUACAGAGGCGCAGAUGUAUUUGUAUUGGCUUUCUCUCUUGUUAGUGGCGCGAGCUAUGAGAAUGUCUUGAAGAAGUGGAUCCCGGAGCUGCAGCAUUUUGCCCCUGGUGUUCCAGUGGUACUAGUUGGCACCAAAUUAGAUCUUCGCGAAGACAAGCACUAUCUAGCGGAUCAUCCCAGUCUGGUGCCUGUGACUCGUGAGCAGGGGGAGGAACUACGGAAACGAAUAGGAGCUAGCUAUUAUAUUGAGUGCAGCUCAAAAACUCAGCAGAAUGUGAAGGCGGUUUUCGAUGCGGCAAUCAAGGUGGUGAUCAAGCCUCCACAGAAGCAACAAGAGAAGAAGAAGAAACCGCGUCCCGGGUGUCUAUUAAAUAUCUUCUGUGGAAGGAAUAUUGUUGGUCUUAAAUGAAACAAAUCAUCAUCACCUGAAGGCUUUUUCACUUGUCAUAGGUGGGAAAUUAUUAUUUUGUAUCAACGUUUGCAGCAUAGCUAUA